UGGGAGGCGGCUGAGGAGGAGGAGGCGGUGGCGGAGGCACAGAGGGGCUGUUGCCGCUGGCGGCAGCGCCCGCAGCAGCGAAGGGGGCUGGCAGCGGCCCCGACUCCGCCAGAAGCGGCUGCGGCCGCGGCGGUUCUGCGCAGGCUUUGCCGAAGUAGCGCCUUGGCAGUGGUCGUGCCGUGUCGGGCUGUAAGAUGGCGGCGGCGGGCGGGGGCAGCAGUGUGAACCCCUUCCUCAGCGACUCCGAGGAGGACGAGCCCGAGGAGUCCAGGCCCGGCGGUGGCAGCAGCAGCAGUAACGAGCCGGGCGGGCCGCCAUACCCGCAGCAGCAGCGGGAUGCGACGGCAGCUGCGGAGAGCCCUGAGGAGCUGCCCGGUUUGCGCACGGCGGCGCCGGGCGACGCCGGCUGCGAUGCGGAGGCGGGCGGCGGGGCCGGCGCGGGAGAAACGCCGCGGGUAUCGAUGGACGUGAUAGCGGCGCAGCUUCUGCGGGACCAGUUCUUGCUGACAGCGCUGGAGCUGCACACGGAGCUGCUGGAGACCGGCCGGGAGCUGCCUCGGCUCCGCGAUUUCUUUUCCAACCCGGGCAACUUCGAGCGGCAGAGCGGCACGCCGCCAGCCGGCGGGGCCCUGGGCGGCAGCGUGCUCGGGGGAGCAGGCGGCAGGGAGCCCGGCUCCGGGCAGCUCAAUCGUGCUGGAAGCAUCAGUACUCUUGAUUCCUUAGAUUUUGCAAGAUAUUCCGAUGAUGGCAAUAGGGAAACAGAUGAAAGAGUAGCAGUCCUGGAGUUUGAACUACGGAAAGCCAAGGAGACCAUACAGGCCCUUCGAGCCAACCUGACUCAGGCCGCAGAAAACGAAGUUCCUUUGCAGGAACGAAAAAAUUAUAAAUCAAGUCCUGAAAUUCAGGAGCCAAUCAGACCUCUUGAGAAAAGAGCUCUAAAUUUCCUAGUUAAUGAAUUUUUAUUGAAGAAUAGUUACAAGCUUACAUCAAUAACAUUUUCAGAUGAAAAUCACGAUCAGGAUUUUGAACUUUGGGAUGAUGUAGGAUUGAACAUUCCAAAACCUCCUGACCUGUUGCAACUCUAUCGUGACUUUGGAAACCAUCAUGUUACUGCAAGAGAUGUGGUGGAUGUAUCAGUUGGUGUAGAAGAUGAUGAGUUAGAGGCUACUACUCCUAUACUUGGGACUGUCCCUGUAUUUGAAACACCACAGUCAAUAGAACAGUGUUUAAUAGUGCAAAAAUUAGAAGAUCAAAUUAGUGCAUUAAACACUGAGAAGUGGUCUUUGAUGGAACAAAUCCAAAGGCUUGAGAGUGAAAUAGAUUUUCUCAAGAAUGAAAACUUUGCUGUGUCAACAGUUUAUGGUGUAGCUCACCAUCCUCCUUUAAAACAAGUGCCUCUCACAGUCUCAGAGGACAGCAGACGGUUGGAUGUCAAGAGCUCUGAGAAUGACAGUAAACCUGGAAACACUAAGGAAACAAGCCUUUCUUUAUCAGCUGAAAUGGAUUCAAGGACUUCUAAAGAUGAUACACUAAAUUCUGUGCCCUGUAAAGAUACAGAAAAACUAUCCUCUUGUGCUCCAUCAACUAAAGCUGCAGUCCACUUCGAUAAACCCAAUAGGAAAUUGUCACCAGCUUUCCAUCAAGCACUACUGUCUUUCUGUCGGAUGUCAGCAGACAGCCGCUUGGGAUCAGAGGUAUCUCGGAUUGCAGACAGUGAAAAAAGUGUCAUGUUAAUGUUGGGACGCUGCCUGCCUCAUAUUGUUCCUAAUGUGCUGCUUGCAAAGCGAGAGGAAUUGAUCCCACUUAUACUGUGUACAGCCUGCCUCCAUCCUGAACCCAAAGAGAGAGAUCAACUACUACACAUACUGUUCAAUUUGAUCAAACGACCAGAUGAUGAGCAAAGACAGAUGAUACUGACUGGGUGUGUGGCAUUUGCCCGACACGUUGGACCAACACGUGUAGAAGCUGAGCUUUUACCACAAUGUUGGGAGCAGAUCAACCACAAAUACCCAGAGAGGCGGCUGCUGGUAGCAGAAUCCUGCGGAGCACUAGCACCUUACCUUCCAAAGGAAAUUCGUAGUUCGUUAGUACUCUCCAUGCUGCAGCAAAUGCUAAUGGAAGAUAAGGCAGAUCUGGUACGAGAAGCUGUGAUCAAAAGCCUUGGCAUCAUUAUGGGAUAUAUUGAUGAUCCAGACAAAUAUCAACAGGGCUUCGAACUGCUGCUUUCAGCUUUAGGAGACCCUUCAGAACGUGUAGUUAGUGCAACACAUCAGGUAUUUUUACCUGCUUACGCUGCCUGGACAACAGAAUUGGGAAAUUUGCAGUUCCAUCUUAUACCUACACUGCUUAAUAAAAUUGAAAAAUUGCUCAGGGAAGGAGAACAUGGCUUGGAUGAACAUAAGCUCCACAUGUAUCUAUCUGCUCUGCAGUCAUUGAUUCCUUCACUGUUUGCACUGGUGCUACAGAAUGCACCUUUCACAAGCAAGGCUAAACUUCAGGGAGAAAUACCACAAAUAGAAGUCACUAGAUUUCCCCGACCCGUAUCGCCUCUUCAGGAUGUGGCCAUCAUCAUUGGAAGCCGUGAACAAUUAGCAGUGUUGUUGCAACUGUAUGACUAUCAGCUACAACAUGAGGGUACUACAGGCUGGGAAACUUUGCUAUGGGUAGUCAAUCAACUGCUGCCACAACUUAUAGAAAUAGUUGGCAAGAUCAAUGUAGCAUCAACUGCCUGUGUCCAUGAGUUUUCUAGAUUUUUCUGGAGACUUUGUAGGACAUUUGGGAAAAUUUUUACAAACACUAAGGUAAAACCACAGUUCCAGGAAAUCUUAAGACUCUCUGAGGAAAACAUAGAUUCCACAGCAGGUAAUGGAGUGCUAACAAAAGCUACAGUUCCCAUCUAUGCAACAGGAGUCCUUACAUGUUAUAUUCAGGAGGAAGACCGCAAGCUGUUGGUUGGAUUCUUAGAAGAUGUAAUGACUAUGCUUUCACUAUCCCAUGCUCCUCUUGAUAGCUUGAAAGCUUCUUUUGUGGAAUUGGGUGCUAACCCAGCUUAUCAUGAGCUGCUAUUAACUGUCUUAUGGUAUGGAGUUGUCCAUACUUCUGCUCUUGUUCGGUGUACAGCUGCUAGAAUGUUUGAGGCCUUUGGGAUUUUUGCACUUGUUCCACGUUUGACUCAUUUGGAUAGCUUUGCAGUGGAUCUCUAGCUGAACCUGCCACUUGUAUCCAUUUGGAAAAACAAAUCUCAAGUCUGCCUUGGAAAAAAGAGCACUUAACAUGACCAUUAGCGUUCUUUAUUACAAAUCUGGAAGUCAUUGGAGAUGAAGCACUAAACAACCAAUUUAAGACGUAUCCUGAGACUUCAGUGGAGAAGAUCUGAGGUUGUAGGGUUUUUUGGGGGGUAUUAUUUGGUAUUUGUUUUCAUUUUCCUUUUCAAAAGGAGAUAACAACUUUUGAUCACCUUUAAUAUAUUUUUUUAGUUACUUGGUGGGGUUCUUUAACAAGAACAUUGCAUGUAUUUUAUAUUCGUAAUAAUGCCCUGUUUUUCAAUAAGCAAACAUGUAGGAGACUUCAGUUACAACAGGCUUUUGUCUUGUUUGCAGAUUCUUUUCAAAUUCAGCUGGAUGUUAUUUAUUUUUAGGCAGUCUUGCAUGCUAUUUGCCUGUUUGUUUCUUAGUAUCCUUCUAUUUUCACUAAAGCAUAGGCAACUUUGUUGCAGACACUUAUCUCACAUGAAGAUGGUAUCAUAUUGCCACUUCUUUGAUAGCCAUAGCAUAGGUAUUUAUACAUGGCAAUAUGUGAAUUUGGGAAGUCAUCUGUGUAAAGAGGUGGUUAAUAGUUGGUUUCACUUUUGGAGAAUUUCUUCUUUCAAGGAAUUUCUGACUUCUCAGAGGCUGCUCAUUGGCAAAGCCCAGCCACUAUGUCACAAGAUCGUGUCACCUGCAGGACAGCUGUGUGAGAACUAUAAAGAUUCUGAACAGCACAGUAGUUUGUACAGCAGCACAGAAACUGCUGCAAUUUGGGCCUGCCAGACUGUGUUGCCAAACUUCUACAAUCUGCUCAAGACUAGAAGGACACACAAGUGAUUGGAUCCAUUCCAAUCCUUCUCUCCUUCCAGGGCAGGAAGCUUUGUGCUACCAUUUUAAGGUGUACUAUGCAUUUAGAAGUAUUCACACAUGGAAUUAGAAGAAUCAAAACAGAAUAAAAAUUUGUGUCAUCAGUCUCAUUGUAACCUUUCCUGUUGCUACAUGACUUUCCACAUCCAACUGUUUCUGUUGCUUCCGUGUUAAUGUUCUCAGUCUGUAGUUUCCCCUUUGAAUGUUGAUGUAAACAGAUUUAAUUGCUGCUGGUUGGAACAUAAAGCACAUAGUUAUCAGCUUUGUUGGUCUGUUUAGGUUCAAGACUAGGAACACUUAUCUUCAGAGUGACUUGGAUUGUAAAGCAUGUUUUAUUUCCUGUAAGACAGAACAGUGCUAUUUACCAUGCUUUAGCAUAACUAGAAGGGUCAGUCCACAUUAGUCAAGCACUUUUCAUCAUAGAACUACAUUACCUCUAGGUUUUUCUCCAGAUUAGUAAAGAAAACUCAAGCCCCUAUUUGUUCAAAAUUGAAAAUAAUAAUAAGCAUUCUUGAUUUUUAAUCAAUGGGAAAAUUAGUAGAUCUUUAUAUGUGAGGAAGAUUGUAGUCAAACAGUGAAUUUUGUCCUUAACAGCUAUUUGAAGAGUAGCCCAUAAGCUCAACAUACCAGCACUUUAAGUUUUCACUACUGUAAAUUACUGUGAAAUGUAUUAAUGUUAAAAUGUACUAGUUGAACUCACAUUCCUAAUACUUUUGAAUAAUAAGAAGUUGUAGCUUUCCCCUUCGAGGUGCUUUGCAGCAGUAACGUAUACCUUCUUGCACAGCUUAGCCAUUCUCUUCCCAUUCUUCCUUCUCCAGUUGUUAUCUGUAAGGCCAUCGUGUGUUUGGUGCAUGUGUGCACCUGUGCAUGCACUCAUACAAGUGCACACAUAAAUAUUGCUUUGUACAAAUUACUGCUUUGUAUAGAAAGCUUCUGGAAAGUCAGUUUCCUUCCAAUCUUUCAGUACUUAUGUGGUUUUGAAUUCGGACUUGGUAAAGCAGGAAUGCUCAGACAAAUAGCAGGACACAAAACUUUCUCUAGUUAGAGGAUAUAAAUACUGCCUGCUUUUAGUACCACAUGAUAUACUGACAGCUACUAGUUUCCCCUUACCCUGUGAAUCUUAACGCCUUCCCUUGUUUCUUGGGGGGAAAAACACAGAAUUUAGUUUGUGUUCCUGAGGUAAUUUGAGUAAUUAGAAUAUAGCAAAAGGCAUUUCAAAUAAUCUCACACAAAAUAUUGAUGAUUUAUGUUUUAAACCCAGUAAAUAUAUGCAGACUACCUUAAGUGAUAUAUAGAAUAGAAAUACCAAGGCUUUCUCUUUUUUAUUAAUGCAGACCAAAACCCCUGUUUUGGUGGAUAUGGAGAAAGUUUGGAAUUUUUUGUUUUUUAAAUUAGUAGCUUUCCAUAUGUAGAAAACACCUAAAGAGCAUCCUGCUACAUGUGCAGUAAAUGUGUGCUUAUAUAUAGCUACAUAAGUAAUGUAAAAAAACCACCCAGAAAUACCUAAGUUAAAACAGUUUCCAAAUAGUUAUGGGUAAUAAAUUUCACUGUGAUUUCAGUUUUUAACAUUUGGGAUGUAUUGCCACAAAUAUAUCUUCUAUCUUAGUUUGCAAAGAGACUCAGUGAAAUGCAUUUCAUGGAUAAUUCAAGGAUUCUCUGUUUUCUGCACUCAUAGACCAGCAAGAGAAACUUGGCAAGUUUCACAUACAAUACUGCCUGGAUGGUGGUUAAGUCUAAAAUAGUCCUGAAUGACUUUUAGGAAAGCUUAGGGGCAUCUGGGAAGGUGCUGGUUUUUGCAUUGUAAAAGUUCUGAAAGGAAUCAUUCAGUGCCAGAAAACUCCAUGCAUUUGAUGUGAAGACAUCUAUUUGGCACAUGAGAGCUGCCUGCUAUAAUAAUAAUGAUAAUGCUAUAAAUAAAUGGUACUAUAAUAAAUGGGACUAUAAGUAUAAUAAGGCUCAA